GCACUAGACGCGUAAAUAAGACGUCGACAAGCCGGGCGCCGGCCGCGGGGCCUCCCGGGAUUGUGGCGGUCCUCUCUCUCAAUUCGGAAGCCGGCGCUGCCUCCGGACGCUCUCAAGAUGGCGACCUCUCUGGGUUCCAACACCUACAACAGGCAGAACUGGGAGGAUGCGGACUUCCCCAUUCUGUGCCAGACGUGUCUUGGAGAAAACCCAUAUAUCCGAAUGACCAAAGAAAAGUAUGGGAAGGAAUGCAAAAUCUGUGCCAGGCCAUUCACAGUGUUUCGCUGGUGCCCUGGGGUCCGCAUGCGUUUCAAGAAGACUGAAGUGUGCCAAACCUGCAGUAAAUUGAAGAAUGUCUGUCAAACCUGCCUCUUAGACCUAGAAUAUGGCCUGCCCAUCCAAGUUCGUGAUGCAGGAUUAUCUUUUAAAGACGACAUGCCAAAGUCAGAUGUCAACAAAGAGUACUACACACAGAAUAUGGAGAGAGAGAUCUCUAACUCUGAUGGAACACGGCCAGUUGGCAUGCUGGGGAAAGCCACAUCCACCAGUGACAUGUUACUCAAAUUGGCCCGGACCACACCCUACUACAAAAGGAAUCGGCCCCACAUUUGCUCCUUCUGGGUGAAAGGAGAGUGUAAGAGAGGAGAGGAGUGUCCAUACAGACAUGAAAAGCCUACAGAUCCUGAUGACCCCCUUGCUGAUCAGAAUAUUAAAGACCGAUAUUAUGGAAUCAACGAUCCUGUAGCAGAUAAGCUUCUAAAACGGGCUUCAACAAUGCCUCGUCUGGAUCCACCAGAGGAUAAGACUAUCACCACACUAUAUGUUGGUGGUCUGGGUGAUACCAUUACUGAGACAGAUCUAAGAAAUCAUUUCUACCAGUUCGGAGAGAUCCGGACAAUCACUGUUGUGCAGAGACAGCAGUGUGCUUUCAUCCAGUUUGCCACAAGGCAGGCUGCAGAAGUGGCUGCUGAGAAGUCCUUUAAUAAGUUGAUUGUCAAUGGCCGCAGACUCAACGUGAAAUGGGGAAGAUCCCAAGCAGCCAGAGGAAAAGAAAAAGAGAAGGACGGAACCACAGAUUCUGGUAUCAAGCUGGAGCCUGUUCCAGGACUGCCAGGAGCUCUUCCUCCUCCUCCAGCAGCAGAAGAAGAAGCUUCUGCCAACUACUUCAACCUACCCCCAAGUGGUCCCCCAGCUGUGGUGAACAUUGCCCUGCCACCACCGCCUGGUAUUGCCCCGCCCCCACCCCCAGGUUUUGGCCCACACAUGUUCCAUCCAAUGGGACCACCCCCUCCUUUCAUGAGGGCUCCAGGACCAAUCCACUAUCCUUCUCAGGACCCUCAGAGGAUGGGAGCUCAUGCUGGAAAACACAGCAGCCCCUAGCACAUUAUCACCACUCUGAGGCUCUAUGGAAGAAAGGGCGCAUAAAAAUCCCAGUAAAUGAAUCUUGUCAUAAAUAUAUUUUUUCCUUCCUUUAUAGUUUCCAUGGUAGCUGAAUGUGUUCAAAUGUGGGUAGUCGGAGAACAACAGCCAGGCUUUCCUACACAUAUUCAAAGGAUCAGUGGACCUCAAAUAAGCUGCCAUGGACACAUCUGGUUACUACUACAACAUGCUUAAUAAAACCUAAUGCCAGUUCUCCUUACCUGUGUAGGGGACAAGCAGAUGGGUGAAUUGGAAUGUCCAGUGGAGUUACCAUCCCAUUUAUAUGUUUAUUUUGUAUCUUUGGGGAGGAGGAGAGUGGAAUUGACCUGCAGUAAAAAAAACCUUUUGACCAUUUU